GAUGUUUUCGGAAGAAUGUUCAUCCAGAGUAAACGGAGCUUGACAACGAAAAGGAAGGACGUAACGUUGUAUUGCAUUUCUGUUCAUUGUUUUACGUGCAGUGAGAGGGAAUCGUGCUGUUUAUAACUGACAUAUAAAUCAAACUUCUUUCAACACAGCGAAUAUUAGCUGUGAGUGUAUCACAUCAAAGGUUCCUAAAAGCCGUAUUAUCUUCUACAGUGAACCUAUGUUUCUCGGAAAUAGUGCCCCUAUGAUUCGCUGGGAUAAUUUGCUACCCGUUAGUUGCAGCGUACAAUGAGAGAGGAAGAAGUCGAGGUGGCCGUCAAAGUGGUGGUAGUUGGCAAUGGGGCCGUGGGGAAGUCCAGCAUGAUUCAGCGAUACUGCAAGGGCAUAUUUACGAAAGACUAUAAGAAGACUAUUGGAGUGGAUUUUCUGGAAAGGCAGAUUGAACUGAAUGGCGAAGAUGUACGUCUCAUGCUUUGGGACACUGCAGGACAGGAAGAGUUUGAUGCAAUCACCAAGGCCUACUACAGAGGGGCCCAGGCCUGCGUGCUUGCAUUCUCUACGGUUGACAGAGAUUCAUUUGAAGCUAUUGAAUUGUGGAAGCAAAAGGUUGAAGAUGAAGUAGGUGAGAUCGCGAUGGUGAUCAUACAGAACAAAAUAGAUCUGAUUGAUGAAGCCAUGGUUCAGUCCAAUGAAGCAGAGGCCCUUGCUAAGAAGCUGAGUCUGCGUUUCUACAGAACAUCGGUUAAAGAGAAUCUCAAUGUAGAUGAAGUGUUCCGAUACCUUGCCGAGAAGUACAUUGAUCAGCUGAACACGGUAAUAGAAGAAGAAGCUGUACCGCAGAAAAUUGGAACCGGUUUGUCACAAAACGAUGUCAAGAACCAUUCGAAAGAGAAAAACCACAAACACAAAGGAGACAUUAUUAGCCUACAGCCGAGUAAACGACGAACGCAUGGAAAGAAAUCUCUAGUCGCAGGAAAAUGUAGUCUCUUAUAGUACUCUAUCACAGUGGCAGUGUUUUCUGAUUGGAUUCUGUGGCACUGCAGUCCAUGUAGACAGGCUGGUUGGUGCUAAGCAAGUGGAGACGAUUGGGACAAAUGAAUGCGGAGGACAUUGAAUUUAGUUUGACACAUGCUUGAAAUAAGUACAAUACAUAUAUCAGAGUGUUCUGUUCGAUUAUAUUUAUUGGAAAGCAUAAGAACAAAAGUUGUGGUUUAAUGCAGUCAUUUGUUGAGAAUCAUGUACAAAGAAUAUUUAUAUAUGUAUUUAUGGGAACGGAGUGGGACACUUGUAUAAAGUGCUGACAGGUAGGGUUAUUUUAAACACGUUGUAUACUCUUUUUAGUGUAUCGCCUUGCUGCUGAUAGAAAUAGCCUGUGUUGGCGGUGGAUUUCUUCUCUAACAAUUUGGACCAAGUGUCACAGUUACAAUUUGUUUUGACACCUAAUAGUCACCAACAUUCCUUCUGUAUUUUGUCGUAUGUCAGAUCAUAGAUGUUUUCAAUUCUUCAUGUUUUCAUCACCUAAAGUCGGUGAACGGAUAUAGGAGUUUCGCUAGGCAAUGAAUUUGGGGAAAUGUUUUUUAGGAUACCACCGGAAUCAUUAAUACAGCUAUUUUGAUAUUCCAUCUCAUAAUUGUACACUUCCCACCCAAAAUCUGGGAUUUGUGGAAGCAUGGAAUCUGCUAAAAUUGUAGUCUGACUCGUAUAACUCUAACUGGUCGUAAGGAAUUAUGGAUGUCCUUGUUUCCAAAAUGUUUUCAUCCCCGACUUAAAGCAAGGCUGCAUGGCAGUUGACCUGCCAGGUGGUCCCAACGAAAUAGAGCCUCGAAAUGUGUACAUUUAAUUUGUCUUAAAAAGUAACCAGCUGUAGAUAUAUAUAGCCACCAUAUUAAACUAAUGGGUCAGAAAUCUGAAAAUAAAUUUACUUUAAGUUUUAGUUAACAUUACAACCUGUUGCAAAUUGGCUUAUGGUGACAAUAGUUGGCUGAAUGGCAACAUAGAUAUACCAUAAUUACUGAAUUAAACUCUAGAUAUGUUAUAUUUGACAGAAAACAUUAAAUAUACAUAUAUUUAUACAGUGCAAACACAUACAUACACACACACACACGUUUAUACAUACGUUCAUGCAUUCAUAUACAUGUACAUUCAUAUGAAUGCAUAAUACACACACACAUGCAUGAGCAGUAAAAUAAGUUUGGAAACACAGUCUAGUCAUGUUGAUGAAGUUUUAUUCCUUUCUAAUUAAUUUUCCAUGUCUGAUUUACAAUUUUAGUCUUGAGACCUAAUUGCAAAUCCAUAAAGUUUAGGGUUCUCUUAUUUGGCACAUCCAAGUUAGUUUCAUGCUUUAGGUGUUUUAAACAGCAUCCUAGGGUGUCACUGAACCUUCUUUUCCAAUUUUCAUACUUUAAAACCUGUUGGUACUUUUUCUGCACGUGAUACUGUGGCACAGUUAACUAAAAGUACCUGUAGUUAUUAGAGGAAUUACUAGUCUAGUAAUUAAGUAGUUGUAAAGGUGUUCGAGACCUGGGCAUUUAUUUGUAAUAAAAUGUAUUAUAGCAACAUGCUAACAGAAAUAUAUGUUCUUCAAGUGCAGAUCCAGGAGUUUGUAAAAAGAGGGGUGGGGUGGCACCGGACAUUGUAAGAAGUAUUUGAACAGGCUUUCUUCUUUUUGUUUUUGGACAUCAGUGGGAAAACAAAGGGGCAUGUGCACCUCAGCACCUCCCUCUGGAUCUGCACCUGUACUCAUUUCUGCAUACUAGAUAGAGAGACCCAAAUGAAUCAAAAUAUUCCCAUCAUUGGGAAUUUCGCAUUAUCAUCAUCAUCAUCAAGAUCCCUUACCCAUAUUGGUCAUAUUUUAGUUUCAUUUUUGGUGUGUGAUAUUAAUACUAUUAUAGCAGAGGUGGUUGUUUGUGUGAUGUCCAUAAAAUAUUCAGAUCUGUAUAUAUGUAUGUUAUUAAGGAGCCAUUUAUGUCUUGAAAUUGUGUGUGCUAUUUACUGGUAUAUUUAACCAAAACAGGACAUAGGAUUUGUUUUGGACUUUUAAAAACAAAUUGCAAAGAAUUCACAUUCAAUUAUUUCAAAAAUGUAUGUUAAAAUCUAAAAAUGUUGAGCGACAUCGGGGCUUCUAGAAUUUUUAUAAAAUCCACUAGCCAUGGGAUCAGUAAUUUAAAACAUUUACUAGCCACAUUUAAAUCCACUAGCCCUACUUUACUUUUAAAGUAAAUACAAUUUUACUAAUAGUAAUAAUCAGAUAUGUCACCUAAAGAGGGAGAUAGAGCUUAAAAACAUUAAGAUUGGGAGGUAGAAGUGGAGCCAGGAUAUUCAUAUUUACAAAAUAGACUUAAAUACAGCAUUUUACAACUUUUUUUCACUAGCUGUCAGGCAUUUUAAUAGUAGUUACUUACUAGCCCAACAUUGAAUAUCACUAGCCAUGGGAGUGGUGCUACCAUAAUCUAGAAGCCCUUGUCAUUAUCUCCACUAUUUGGAUCUUGUUUUUUGUGUAGGGGUUGUUUCUUCAAUGUAUCGUGGUUUUGAAAUUGAACAAAAUUUAAUUCUCUUUUCUAUACAUGUACACAAUGUACAUGUACAUAUAUUUAAACAAAAAUAGAGUAUCAAAUUUGUUUUCAAAGCAUGCUGCUGUCUCAUUGUAUUGUCAAUAUUUUAGUUACUAUGGAUCAUGGUAUAUCAGGAACAUGUUUACAACAAAUUUAAUCUAAAUAACCAUUGUUUGUGUUAUGUGAAUCUGUAUUAUUGAUUAAAUUGAGUUGUUAAUAUAUGAAAUCAUAUUCAUUUUUAUAUUUAUAACUUUUUGUUUUACUAUUCUCAAGUUUGUGUUCACUGUCUGAAAAAUAUCAGUGUUACUCAUUACACUUAAUGCAGCCAUCUAACUGGUCAUAGUAACAAAUGUUUGUUUAUUUCUUGAUAAACAGACACAUAAUCAUGCCCACAGAGGCAAGAGAAGUACUUUUUGUUGUCCAUGAAAAUCAGACUUGCUGGUUUUGUAGAUUUAAAACUACAACCAAACAGUACCAGAUAAUAAAACCAAUGAUUAAGUACUAUAAAAGUGAGGUACACUACCCACUUAAAUCGCAGUGUUUUCUCCAUACUAUAGCUUGGGGACCAAGAGUGUUCUAAACACAGUACCUAUCAGCUUAUGUUGAAGCUGCGCACGCAUGUAUGCUUUUAACGUUUUUGGUGUUUAAGUACAUGUAUUUAAAAUACAUGUAGAUCAUCAACUUUUGUUUUCUUUACAUGUUAGUUGCCUUCUAAAGCAUUCAGAAGCAGAUUUGUUGAACUCGGCAACUUGUAGCACCUCGUUUCUCAUGAUCAUAUAGAUCUGCUUAGUUUCAGAAUUCCCCGGUAAAUUCACAUGUAAGACCCAAGUACAUGUAGUCCUAUGCAAACGCCAUGAUUAUUGAACAACUGUUUUAUUCUUCCACACUUUACUUUUGGACAAGUUGAACCAGAGUAAACAGCCAACUCUCACAAGAUAUCAUAUUUUGUUAAUCCAUUGGGCCGUGCAUUCAUUUGCCAUCUAACAUCUUUCUGUAUAAACCGAUAUGCAUUUACUUACAAUGUAGGUCUAUGUUUUUUACAUUUCAACACAAGUCUCUUUGUGUUAAAUAUUUGUAUAAAACUUUUGGUCUUCAUUUAAUGUAUACUUCCGAUAUAAAAAAAAAAUACUGAAGACUCAAACCAUUUUUUUGUGUUUUUGUCCAUUCAUAAUCUUUAUGCAUGUUGUUGAGUGUUAACAGUUGAUUGUGUGGUGUUUUUGUCACUCAUAUUUAUCCAGUUUUAAAUUUGGGUAGACCUAAAAUAUAGAACUAAUUCCAUAUGAUCUUCAAUGCCUGCUUAAUUCAUAUUUUUAUAGUACGUGGAAGAUCCUUGACUGAAAGUCCAGUACUUGGUAUAUUUAACCAUAUGCUUAUUCAAACAUAAACUACUUCCAGUACUUUGAGUUGAUUUAAUGCUUUUGUGUAUACUCGUAAACUGAGAUACUUCCUCAGAUGUAUAUACACAUACUUCCAACACAUACCAUUUCCAAGGUGUUGCAACUUGUAAUUUGAUGUGGCACUUGUCUAUGAACUAAACUAACAAAGUUUGCUCUGUAAGCAACAUAAUUUGGCAUUUUAAAAUGUAUGGAAUGUAUUGUCCCAUUUUUACAUUAGUAUUUAUGUUUCUGAAGUAAUGUAUAUAAUUUUUCGUAUUUGGUUAUCCAAAAAUUGCAGUUUGUUUUUAGCAAAUAAAAUUACAUUUUAUUGUGCAUACAUACUAACUUGAAUGUCCUCUUGCCAAUUUUGAUUAUGGUAAAAUAUGAGUCUAUUUACCAUACAUGUAUCUCGUCAUCUGAAUUCAGAAAAGGUUUGGUGUGUACUGUUGAAAUGUUGUGGAAGUGCUAAAAGAUUUUAUUUAUUUUUAGUUAAGUCUAUUGUCAAUCAUUAUGCAAAACCCCACCGUCCAGUCUAUUACCGGUAUAUGUACUGGAGAAAAUAUUUUUUAUUUUCAUAAAAUUUAAUACAUGUAUAACAAAAAUCUGACUGGGUUUUUUCUGUAUUUGUGAACUUUACAUGCAACUGUGAUGAUUGCUGGGGAUUGAGAAAACAAGUGUGAUUUUUUUUUAUGUGAAAUGUCUCGAUCAAAAAACAGAAUUUUGUAUUAAUUAGAAUGUUAAGAAUUUCUUUUGACAUUGACAUGGUUUAUGUGUGGAGCAUCUGCUUCGUGAUAAAGCAAAUACUAGUAAAUCUUUAAGAAAUUUGAAAUUGUACUCGACAUCAUUGGUAUACAAAUAACUUGUAGUGAUGUCAUUUAUAGGUCUUAUUUUGUUUGUGGAUACUUGACACCUCUUAAGAUCUAGCAUAUCAUAAAACAUUUGAAAUAUGUUAUAUAGUGUGUGAGCUCAAGUAACAAAAAUUAUUUAUUUUAUGUUAUGUAAAAUUGGUUUUGGGAACAAAUACACUGAAUGCAUUAUUGCUCCGUACAAACAUAUUUUUGUUAGCAGCACAUUUGUAUGAUUUGAUAUACAUUUAUUUGAUAAACAUUUAUUUUUCUUGUACCUGUUUAUUUGUUUGUGUGCAUUCUGGAUAUCCAAAUUGUACAUUAUUUAACUCUAGUUAUAUAGUUUAUAAUUACUGCAUCAGACUAUGUUACAUCAUCACAACACUUCUCUAUUGAAACUGGUUUAUUUAUAAAUUAUACAUUUGAUAGGAGAGGGAAAUUGCAAUAAACUUUGAAAUUGUGA